AUGAAUGUCAGUUCCCCACCCCCAUGUGGUGAACUACCAUUCGACAGGGUGAUCAAAACAGUGAGGGUCCGACAAUUAGACACACUUCGUUCUCUAGUAGAGGACCCUCGGUUGGAUAUCAAACUCAUUCAGCUGGUUAGAGACCCUCGAGCUAUCCUUGCAUCAAGGAUGGUGGCCUUUGCCAGAAAGUACCAGAACUGGAAAAGUUGGGCUGUGAAUGGGGAUGUUCCUAUAGAGGACGAAGAGGUCAAACGUCUUGAAGGAAACUGUAACAAUAUCCGCAUCUCUGCCGAGUUGGGCUUAAGUCAGCCGAAAUGGCUGAAAAACCGUUAUAUGCUAGUACGUUACGAGGAUAUAGCCAGGUACCCCAUGCAGAAAGCAGCAGAAAUGUACAAUUUCACAGGGAUUCCAAUGAUGACACAAGCACGAGAUUGGAUUCUCAAAAACACGCAUUCAUCAACCGAAGCAAGUGGCGUGUAUUCCACCCAAAAAAACUCUUCAGAACAGGUGGAGAAAUGGCGGCUUAGUAUACCAUUCAAACUGGCCCAAGUUGUACAGAAAGUUUGUGGACCGACCAUGAAACUUUUUGGGUAUAGGUUUGUUGACAGUGAACAGACACUAUUGGACAGAUCUUUUAGUUUGCUUGAACAAAAACAAUUUAUUUAG